AUGUUCCAGUUAUCUCGAGGUGCCAUUCAGCGCGCUGUGCGUGCGCCCAAGAGCACUCGCAUGAUGUCGUCCGGACACGGACACUACAACCAUCUGCCUUUCAAGUGGGACACGACGAAGCAAUUCGCCGUCCGCUACAUACCAUUCAUGGCCCUUGGCACGGUCAUCCCAUUUGCCGCCUGCUACUACAAGAUUAAACGCUUCCCGCAGUAA